AUGGGAUUUUUCGACCACCUCCAGAAAGGAGGCGCCUUUUCUUUACAACCGAAGAAGCCUCAGAUCCGAAAGGUUGUUCAGACACGAACCGCCCCUGCCUCGCGAUCCACCUCCCAGACCCCAGGCCCCUCCUCCUCUCGAACCCCUCCUGCUCAGCUCAAAGCGCAACAAUCAGCAAGCAGAUCCGUCUCCAGGGACCGUGACCCUCCCUCUGCGAAAAGGCGAUAUGGCACACCAGCGCAGAGUCGGAAGCGCCAAACUCCGGAGUUACGACUUUCGAGCGAUGACGACGCGAGCGACACGGACUCUUCGUUUGAGGUGCGCAAACGGGCUAGGACAGGCGACAGCGCAGAGCCAGACCCGGCUAGGCGCGUACGAUCUUUAAAAGCUUUUUCCGAAGAUAGCAUUCGGUCCCUUCCCAUGAUACAUGCUGCCGACAUUACCUCGCGCCAGAAGUCCGGCAACUUUAAGCCUGCGUUUGGGGCAGCCAAGCCACUACCGGAGCUACUCUUGCAGUAUCCCAGUACUUCAUCCCCGGAGAGAUACGACCUUGUGGUUCCUCGAGACCAUGACGAUUUCAAGCCUAUUGACGACAUUGUUCAAGUCCUCGACAUCGUGUCACAGAAUUAUAUUCCCGACGAAGAGGCAGACGAAUUUAACAAUGAAUCGACCGGAAUAAAACGCAGACUACGACGCGCCCUUGCCCAUUCAUCAGAAGCGGAUUUUCGGAGUAUCGUGGCGGAGUACAAUAGUGCGAUUGUGCGGUUAAGACGUGAUGGCAGUAUCGCGAAGAAACUGGAUUCAACGAGCCGCUUAAACUUACCCCACGUGGAAAGGAUCCUGAAUCAAAUUUACUCGCGCACCGUGUCGCCUCGGGUCGAGUCUCUUCGCCAGUACGAGAACGGAACGGACAACGUGUACGGAGAACUUCUUCCGCGCUUCAUCAGCACGAUAUUCAAGGAGACUGGGCUAAAGUCCGGCCAGGUUUUCGUCGACCUGGGCUCAGGUGUCGGUAACGUUGUCCUACAGGCGGCGCUUGAGAUUGGAUGUGAGAGUUGGGGCUGUGAAAUGAUGAACAAUGCAGCCCACCUGGCGGAGCUGCAGCAGGCCGAGUUUAGGUCGCGAUGUCGGCUAUGGGGCAUCGCGCCCGGGAAGACGCACCUCGUUAAGGGUGAUUUCCUAAAGGAGCAGAGCAUUAUCGACGUUCUGAAACGCGCUGAUGUUAUCUUGAUCAACAAUCAGGCGUUCACCCCGCAAUUGAAUAACGAGCUCAUUAACCACUUCUUGGAUAUGAAGGAGGGGUGUCAAAUCGUAUCCCUUAAAUCCUUUGUGCCCGCAGGACACAAAAUCCAAUCUCGCAAUCUCAAUUCGCCCAUCAACCUAUUGAAGGUCAAGCAGAGGAACUACUGGUCGAACAGUGUGAGCUGGACCGACGUCGGCGGUACCUACUUCAUCGCGACCAAGGACAGCUCCCGUCUGAAAGCUUUCGUAGAUAGCAUGCAAUGA